AUGGCUCGGCUUCGUGUUAGAUUUCGGGCUGUCUCUGGGUCUUCGGUUCUACGAUUGCUAGAACACUACGCUGGAUGCUUGGACGCUGCGGACUUCGAUUGGUUUUUUGCGAACUCCAGAAUCAGCUACGAUCCACGUCCGCGUAUCUCGCCACGUGCAGCUAACAAUCCCGGUGAUCUCGGACCAGACCGGAUUCGAAGGAGAUCUUCUUUGACUUCGUCUUUCGUCGCGAUGCCGACCUGGUCCUCGAUCGAGCUGGAGCUCGUCUUUCGUCGCGAUGCCGACCUGGUCCUCGAUCGAGCUGGAGCUCGUCUUUACGUCGACCGGAAUAGCUCGGAUGGCGGUUAA